CAUUUAUUUCCAAAAAAUGGAGAUUUUUGUUUUCCCACAAAAAAUGAUGGAGACUUGUUCGUUCAAUCACUGCAUUUGCCGCCUCCAAGAAACACACAUAAAAUCUCAUAAGAAUAAGGAAGACAAACCAUCGUUAACAACCCAAGACAGAUAUGGCAACAUUGACGAAAACCCUUUAUUGUAAACCUCAAUUCAUGCGCAAAACCCUAAUACCUAUCUCAUGUUCAUUUUCUUUUUCAUCCUUACCUUCAUUUUCACUUAGGCAAAACAUCAAACACUUGGUGUGCAAGACAGAAACAAGAUGUUCACUAAGCAACCAAGACUCUUACGAUUCUAUGGAAACAUACACAAGACCAUCAGAAAUUCAGUGGAAGAAAGAACUCUGUAAUUCUGUUCAACUCAUUGGAAUUGUAGCAUUGCCUGUUCAACUUACUCACCUUAGUUCUGGCAAAGUUGUUGCUUCUACUCGUCUUGCUGUCCGAAAAUCUGCCACUAAUACCAGUUGGAUCAAUUUGACACUUUGGGAUGAACUGGCUCAUGUAGCUCACCAGCAUUUGGAGAAAGGUCAGCAGAUAUUUGUCUCUGGUCGUCUCAUAUCAGAUACUGUUGAUAAUGAAGAUGGAAAACAACAGACCUACUACAAGGUUGUUGUUCAGCAACUUAAUUUUGUUGAAAGGAACUCUUCCUCUCCAGUGGCCUUGUAUGAUGAUAACUCUGAUUCAACCAGUACAGUUGGGAAGUUUGUCAAGGCUCCUGCAAUUAAUAAGCUUUCCACUCAAGAACUAUGGCAAGCAUAUUUUGCUAAUCCAACAGACUGGUGGGAUAACCGGAAGAACAAGAAAAAUCUUAAAUCUCCUGAUUUCAAGCACAAAGAUACUGGGGAAGCUCUGUGGGUGGAAAGCAGGUAUAAUCCUCCAUGGGUGAAAUCUCAAUUGGAAAUAUUGGAUUCGAGGAUGAUGCAAUCUUUUCAAAAGCAGGAAGGCCCUAGUUUUUCUGAUUAUUUCAAUGGUGGUUACUAGAUUUUCAUUUUUGGUGACUUCUUAUACGGUUCUAUUGGAUCAUUUCUGUAUAAUUACGUGCUCAUCUUCUCGUUAUUGCCUAUUUUAUUCCUAUUUGUCGAACAAAUUAUGGGUUGUCGGGUGAAUUUUAAAAUUUCGGACUCGGGAUGUUUCCAUUGUACAGGAAAGGUAUUGUGUAUUUUCUCAUAGCCUUUUUAGUGAGUGUACACUUUCGUGUGAGGCUGCUGUCUACCCUUUUCCACCUGGGUGGACUUGUAAUCACUGAUCAGGCCAGAAGAAUCUUAUCGAGUUGUUGUGAUGAAUUUUCUGCACUCUUUAGAA